GCUCACGGCUGCUUUGCAAUGCCAGGCAGUCGAGGUGAGUCGAGUCGAGUCGAGUAGAGCCGAGUCGAACCUCUUGGAAUCAGUCUGAGACGUGGCCCCAUCGCAUCCUUUUCGUUUGUUACGGUAUCCUUGUGCGCAGCUACCACCUGUUGAAAUCGAACGAUCUUAUCAUGCAUCGUCGUAAUUAAGUAGUUCGAUACAUCGAAAUGAUUACGUUUUGAAAUCAUAUAUUUUAAUUAUCCAGUGAAACAUCGUGGUUCAUCGAUUGCGCGGAAACACGUUUUCUUUUGUUGUGUCUUACCACCAAAAGUGGAAUCACUUGUAUAAUUUUGUUUUUUUCUUGGUUAACGAUAAUAUCAUUCCAGAAGUGCUAGUUUAAAAUCUAUAAUCUUAGUGCAAUGAUUUUGUGUAUGCAACACUGAAAGAUCAACUGGAAGUUUAGUAGAAAAUAUUCAAAAGAUUAUUGACUUCUAAGAAGGGAGAAAUUAAUUAAUGAGGGGUGUCCAUGCCGAGUGUCAAGAAAAAUCAACUGGAUGAUCUUAGGAGUGCGAGAAGAAAAUUCUCACUGGGACCAGUUGUGUGGAAUACAACGAAAAUUAUUAUACAGUCGAGGCUGUAAAAGUGACACGUUCGUGUUUGAAAAUGUCAUCAAGUACACGUACCAUGAUAAUGUCAGGAUUGAUUCUAUUGGUAUUAGCAGUAGUAUCGUUCAGGGAAGUGCAAGGACACGUUGCCUUGACUUUUCCAAGAGCAAGGAAGUAUGACUUGGAUUUUUUGGACAAUGCUAGAACACCUGGCCCAUGUGGAAUGCCUCGUGGUGAUAUUAAAACUAGUUUAUUAUCUGGGAGUAACUUCAACGUCACAUGGCAUCUAGCUUAUCCUCAUCGAGGUGGAUUUCGGCUGCAAAUCUUGGAUGCUCUUGAUAGACCAUUAAUUGAUUUAACUCCUGUGACAAAAAAUAGUGAAUUCGUUGAAGAUGAUGCUACGGCACAGAAUUAUGCCGUGCAAUUACCUCAAAAUUUCACUUGUACAGAUUGCACAAUUCGGCUUCUUCGAGAAGCUGAGGAAUGGGGUUCAAGUUAUAGAUUUUGGUCUUGUGCAGAUAUCGAUAUCAUUGAUAGAAAGACAUAUAGAGAAGAUUGCAGCGGUCAUGGUCGAUAUCUAUUAGGUCGAUGUAGAUGUGAUCGGCUAUAUCACGGUAUAAGGUGUGAAUUUAAGGAGGAAUGUCUGGACGAUUCAGACUGUGGUAUUCAGGGCACGUGCAUUAACAAUGGCGGCACAACCGCGCCCACCAAGCAGUGCUACUGCAACAUCGGUUGGUUCGGACCGGGUUGUGCAAAAAGAUCUCCAAUUAAAACCAUAGAUGUAGAAUUGGAUAUUUAUACUAUGAAGAAGUUUUCUGACAAUUUUACUUUUUAUUGGCGUAUAUUAAAAGAAAGUAAAGAACUCGAGGGUAUUAUGGUAGUAAAUGGUACAAAUUGGGUCGGUGUUGGAUGGCGACCAAGUAAUUUGAUGCCUACUUGUCGUUCUUUCCCUGAUAUUCAAGAACAUCCAAAAGGUGAACCGCUUCCACGGCCAGAACCAAAAGCAGAACCAGAACCAAAAACUGAGCCUAAACCAGAAUCUGAACCAGAACCUAAAUCUGAGCCUGAACCUGAACCUAAAUCUGAACCUAAACCUGAGCCUGAGCCUGAGCCUGAACCUAAACCUGAGCCUGAACCUGAACCUGAACCUGAGCCUGAAUCUGGAAUUGAAAGAUCUGGUACCAGGAGAAGAUCAGCUAAAGUUCAUGAUAUUGCUUCUGUGACUUCAACUCUCCAAUCUGAUACUGAUGUCACAGUGCAAACCAGUGUGACAUAUCGUGUCAGUACAAAGCAAGGACGUAAGAAAAGAUCACCAGAAUCUACAGGAAUUUCUACAAACGGGGAAUUCAUCGCCGAGCCGAGCACUGUUGACAACACGUCUGAACCUAUAUCAGAACCAGAACCUAAAUCCGAGCCUGAACCUAGCCCAGAAUUAGAGCCGAAAUUUAAACUGAAAUCAACUUCAGUGCCUGAACCAAUAUUCAAACCAGAAUCUGAAUCAGAACCUAAUUCUGAGCCUGAACCUAAAUCCGAACCAGAACCUAGCUCUGAACCCGAACCCAAAUCCGAACCAGAACCGGAGCCGAAAUCUGAACCAGAACCAAAGUCCGAACCGGAACCCAGUUCCGAACCAGAGCCAAAGUCUGAACAGGAACCUAAGUCAGAACCGGAACCAAGUUCUGAACCGACUUCGGAACCAGAACCGAUUUCGAGUCCCAAAUCAAGCGCAACGAAAGCUAUCCUACCUAAAACGCACAAGUAUACGCCAAAACACGAUUUCAACCCUAUGGACUGCACAGACAUUAUAAUAGGAUCAGCACGAGGUAAUAGUCACAGAAUUGGUGACUAUUAUACUAGAGAUAGAUCUACACCAAGAAAAGACGAAUAUUGGGGUGGAAGAGAUACAUUGACUGCUGCAAUGGGCUUUGAACGCGAUGGUGUUACAACGAUACUUUUUAGAAGAAAAUUGGCAACAAAUGAACCAACUGACUAUGAAAUUAUUGAUGGUAAUAUGCAAGUGAUAUGGGCUAAAGGACAAGAAUCUGGAAAAUAUAUUCAUCAUCCACCGAGUGGCAUUGAAAAAGCCAAAAUUAGUGUGAAAGACUUUUACAAGGCUGAUGAACUUAAAUAUCAUGGACAUGGAGAACAAAGAGGAACAGUGACGCUUAAUUUCUUUGAUGAAAAGAAAAAACAAGAAAUGAUAAGUGAAGAUGGUGUACCAAUGCCAAUUUCAAAUUGUAGCGGUGAGUGGCAUUAUCCGAAACAUUGUUCAUCUAUAAAUGGUACUUGUGAAUACUCUAUUCAGUGGACAUACAAAGGACGAAAGGAUCAAUUAUCAUUUGUUAUUUCCACAACUAAUACAAACGUUUGGACUGGUGUUGGAUUCUCUGAUGAUGAUAAAAUGUCACAAACAGACGCAAUAUUGGGUUGGGUUGAUGAAAAGUCAGGUCGAGCUUUUCUCAUGGACACUUGGAUCAGCGGAUAUAAUGCUCCGUUGCUCGAUCCAUCUCAAGAUAUUUAUAAUACGGGCGGUAGUAAAGUGGAUGGUGUAACGACACUCAAAUUCUCAAGGAAACGAAUAACAAAGGACAAUAGAGAUCUUUCUUUCACAGAUGAUCACUGCUUAUAUAUGAUGUACCCAGUCAAGGGUGGUAUUUUCAAUGCUGUCAGCAAGAAAAUACGUAAACACGACGCCGUGCCUAUUGUCUCCGCUGAAAGAAUAUGCAUAAAAUCUUGUGGUCUUGAAGAAUUUGAAGAUCUUACGACACCAGCACCUCCAAGGUUAUAUUAUGAUGUGGAAGUAAAACUCAUAAAUUUGGGUGAUGGUUUUACAGCGCCUAUUCCGGGUAGUUCAGAUUUUGAAGUUAUUUCAAAUACGAUAUCUGAUAGCUUUGGUCCAGUUUUUAACAAAUUACCAGGCUAUUAUCAAAUCCGUCUUGUUGAGUUACAAAAGGAUGAUGACCAAAAUGGUGUUAUUGCACGCAUGGAUCUGAUCUUAGAUAAAAAUGAAAUCAAAGGUAGAUCGUUGAAACCUAUAGAUACCAGUGCAGCUGCAGAAAAAGCAUUAAAAGAAGCUCUCAUUACUGGAAAAGUCGGUGCAUUAAAUGUAGAUCCACAAUAUAUGUUUAUUAGAGCUCCUCGAGUAAAUGAUGUAGGUGGAGGAGAUGCGAAUGAAGAAUCGUCAAUCACAUCGAAUCUAUUUCUUGAUUCGACAAAACUAUAUAUCGUUGUUGGAUGUGUUGCUGCCUUGCUUGCUCUUGUUCUAUUGCAAGCAAGUUGUACUCUUUAUAGAUCGUCGAGGAGACGAGCGACAAAGAGGGUGUACUCGCUGCCUCUGGCUUCUUGUGAUGCGCCCAACCCGAUUCAUCGUACGAACGCGACGCGGUAUCAUCGAAAAAACGGCGAUCAUCAUCAUCAUCAUCACCAUCAUCAUCUUCGGCAUCAUCAUCAACACGCUCCAUAUGAAAUGCAUCGUCCUAAUCCCAGCUGGAUCGUUUGAUCGCCAAUAACGCUUGGAAGGAUUACGCUUCAGGUGCGAACACAAAUUUUGCUUUCGAGGCGUUCGAGACAGAAGAAAAGGCCCCACCACCCCCAGUUUCCAGUUUACCUCGUCACAGAGAAAUGACCGGAAACGGAAUCGGCACGGAUACCGUGGAAGGCCCUAAUAGGAUAAUAGGGCCACGAGCUACGUAUAGUUUGCCACGUGCACCGGGUUCGAGGCACACAGCACCCAUUCAACCUGGUUAUUAUACACAAGAUCGCAGGGAUCACUAUCAACGAUCGAAGAAUAAUAUGCACAAUUUAACAAGCGGUGGUGUAUCCACUCAACCGAAUCAGCCUGAUUUUUAUUUCAUGCCCAGUCAACGUAAAUACAGUGGUGAAGUUGUGCGCGUGUACGUGGAUUAUGGAAGUCAGGCGCCGAAAUAAUCGAAGGAAGCAUGUUAGAAUCUACAAAAAAAAAAAAAAAAAAAAAAAAAACGAACGAACGAUAAGAAAAUGCAUCAGUGACAGUGCUGCCCUCUUUUCAGCCUUUCCUCGUUCAUAAAUCCAAAGCGGACGAUUAAUAUAUAUAUCGCUUCAGUGAAGCGACAUUGUACAUAAAACAUGUGUUUAGUGGACCUGGAGAAAACGAGACUUCGAAACGAGCCCUUUCCUCCGGUGCUUCUUUAAAUAUUUUUUUUUUUCCUUUUUUUUUUUUUUUUUUUUUUUUUUUUUUCCAUUUGACGGAUCGUUGUUCUAUUAUUUUUUCCCGUUGUCGUAUUUGCUCGAUUACUUACGAGCGUCGAACGGGGGCAACACGCACGGUUUCGUUUUAAAGGAAUUACGCAGAAGUGGCGCUUACGACCAAAGAGUUAUCGAUAAGGCGCACUCGGUGCGCGGUUCUGUACAAAAGCGCGUGAAGAAACACACAACACAAUAUCACUGUAAUUCUCGAUGCGUAUCCCGAUACGUGUGGAAUGUAUCCAAAUUCGUGCGUCAUUACAAGCAAUAUUUUACAUGUAUUUACGAGCAAGCAUGGAUGUUUGAGCAAUAAAACGUUUGUACAUUUUUUCUAAUUGAA